AUGCGAGAUACCCGACGUAAUCUCAACCCUCCUCUCAAAAGGGUGGAUAAAAGGUACUCACCUUACGUCGCUGCCACUUCACUCUCCCGACCCCGCCGAGGAAUGGGAGCUAGGCAAAGUUCUGCAAAGAUCGGGACCCAGACAGAAGCCCUAGCAAACAAAGACAUUUCAAAGGACCUCAAAUGGCCGGAUCCAACCAACAGGAUCCUCGGAAGGAACAUCAAGGAAUGGUGUGAGUUCCAUCGGACAUAUGGACAUCACACCGAGCAAUGCGUCACCUUGGCGAGUCAAUUACAAAGGUUAAGGAGAGGAACCACCGGGGAAAAACCGACGCUAGCAGAAACCCAGCCUGCAGAAAAAUCCGACCAUGUGUCGCCAGUGUUCGCGGAUCUGAAUACAAUAGCGGGGGGAUUUUCAGGAGGAGGCUCCACCUCCGCAAGCAGAAAGAGGUACGCGCGAGGCGCAAUAAUGACCACGACCUUCGUGCCACGCAAAUCCACGCCCGUAAUUUCAUUCACCGACGAAGAUCGGGCCGACGUCGUCCCACACGAAGACGAUCCCGUAGUAAUCUCUGUUAUUGCAAUGGGACGAUGGGUUCACCAGGUCCUAGUAGAUCAGGGAAGUUCGGCAGACGUGCUAUUUUGGGAUGCGUUCGCCGGGUUGGGGGUUCCGAUGGACCAACUCCGUCCAUUCGAUGGAGUCCUGGUGGGAUUUGCGGGAGAUUCUGUGGAGGUCAGAGGAUAUACAGACUUGAGAACAACCUUCUCGGACGGCGAAGCGGCAAAGACGAUAACCGUGCGAUAUAUAGUCGUAAAGUCUACCUCAUCAUACAACGUUCUCCUAGGUCGGCCGUCCCUAAACCGGCUGGAAGCGGUUGUGUCCACGGCUCAUCUAAAGGUGAAAUUCCCCACAGAGAGAGGGCAGGUUGUUACGCUGAGGGUUGAUCAGGCAGUUGUGAGGAAAUGCUAUGAAAAUAGUCUAAAAGUGAGGAGACCCAUGUACGCCCUCUCCUUAUGUGGCUCCCGGGGGGAGAGCUUUGCCGAUUUUGACCCCCGCGUAGGAGUGGAGGACAAGAGGCCCCAGCCCGUGGGCGAGGUAGAAGAAAUUGGCCUGGAUGUCGACAAGAAGGUCAAGAUAGGAGGAGGACUCGAUCCGACAUUCCAAGCCGAGCUGAUUAAAGUCCUCCAAAAGCAUAGCAGCUCCUUCGCAUGGAGCGUGGAGGACAUGGUAGGCAUAGACCACAGCGUGAUCACCCACCGACUCAAUGUGGAUCCAAACGCUAAGCCCCGAAUUCAGCGCAGAAGGAAGAUGGCACCAGAAAAAUUGGUAGCAGUCAGGGAGGAAACCAAAAAACUCCUCACAGCAAGGCAUAUAAGAGAAAUCCAGUACCCGGAAUGGUUGGCGAAUGUGGUCAUGGUACGCAAAUCAAACGGAAAAUGGCGGAUGUGUGUCGAUUUCUCUGAUUUGAACAGUGUUUGCCCUAAAGACUCGUAUCCUCUGCCAAGCAUCGACAUGCUGGUCGAUAAUGCCUCGGAUUGUGGGCUCCUGUCCUUCAUGGAUGCAUACUCGGGGUACAACCAGAUCGGCAUGCACCCGGAAGAUGAAGAAAAAACAGCAUUCAUGGGAGAAGCCGCAACCUAUUGUUACAGGGUUAUGCCUUUUGGCCUUAAGAAUGCCGGGGCCACCUAUCAGCGCUUGAUGGAUCGGAUUCUCAAGCCAUUACCUAAGCGUAAAGUGCAGGCAUACGUGGAUGAUAUGGUGGUCGCCUCCACCACGGCCGCCGCACACGCAGCGGAUCUGGAAGAACUGUUUGUCACGAUCAACAAAUACGGCCUGAAGCUCAACCCAGAUAAGUGUGUUUUUGGAGUAAAGGCGGGGAAAUUCCUGGGUUUCCUACUGACUGAAAGGGGCAUCGAGACCAACCCGGAUAAAUGCGCGGCGAUCUUGAGUAUGAGAAGCCCGACCAACGUGAAGGAAGUGCAAAGGUUAACGGGGAGAAUCGCGACGCUAUCUCGGUUCCUACCACGGGCCGGAGAUCAAGGUCACCCAUAUUUUGAAUGUCUUCGCAAAGGGAAGGGUUUCCAGUGGACCGACGAGUGUGAAAAGGCAUUUCAACAACUCAAGGAGCAGUUGGGUUGCCCACCGAUCUUAUGCCGCCCAGUAAUCGGAAAACCCCUAAAACUGUACGUAACUGUAACAGACCAAGCCAUAAGCGCCGCUCUGAUGCAAGAUCAGGAGAAAGAGCAAAGACUCAUUUACUUCGUCAGCAAAACGCUCAGAGGAGCUGAGGCCAGAUACCAGAAGAUCGAAAAAGUUGCAUUGGCUGUGAUCUUUUCCACACGCCGGCUACGUCAUUAUUUCCAAGCGCAUUCGGUCUCGGUGAUGACCGAUCAGCCCAUAAAGCAGAUUCUUCAAAAGCCCGAGGUCUCUGGACGACUCGCGAAAUGGGCCAUUGAGCUCUCCGAGUACGAUAUCUCUUUUGAGCCCCGUGGCCCAAUAAAAGCACAGGUUCUAUCUGAUUUCUUAGCCGAAUUAACACCUUCACCCGCCCAACACGAGGCACCAGAGGCGACUUGGAUCUUAUCAGUGGACGGCGCCUCGAACUCCAAAGGGAGCGGAGCAGGGAUUAUCCUGGAGAACCCACAAGGAGCUCUGAUCGAGCAGUCGCUUCAUUUCGCUUUUCGCGCCAGCAACAAUCAGGCAGAAUACGAGGCCCUGGUAGCUGGGAUGCUACUCGCCAAAGAGCUCGGAAUCUACAACCUUUUAGCGAAAAGUGACUCCCUAUUGGUCACGGGACAGGUAUCAGGGGAGUUCCAGGCGAAGGACCCUCUGCUAUCCCGAUAUCUGGAUGUUGUCCACACGUUAGCCGCUCAUUUCCGCUCCUUCAAAUUAAUACAUGUACCGCGGGAGCAAAAUUCACGUGCGGACCUAUUGUCUAAAUUAGCCAGCUUCUCACGACCAGGCCGACAGAGAUCAGUGAUACGUGAAACCUUGGUGACACCCAGGGUAUCGGAAGUGGAAUCCGAUGUGCAAGUCUGCGCACUUGGUGUCAUGGCGACCGGCCAGGAACAGUCCGGCUCUUGGAUGACUCCCUACAUUGUAUAUCUAGCGGAUGGUCACCUCCCUGAGGAUCAAGCAGUAGCUCAGGUAAUAAAAAAAAACGCGGCCAGAUACACCCUGAUAGAUGGCAAAUUAUUCAGACGGAGCUUCAGUCGGCCUCUUCUCAUCUGCGUAGCAUCGGAAGUCGGUAGGCGCUUGAUUACCGAGCUCCACGAGGGCACAUGUGGAAGCCAUGUAGGAGGUAGAGCAUUAUCCCUUAGAGUUUUGCGUGCAGGGUAUUAUUGGCCAACUCUAAAAGCUGACUGCCAGGAACACGUCAAAAAAUGUUCCCAGUGCCAAGUGCAUGCCGACAUCCAUCGCGCCCCACCAGAGGAAUUACAUUCAAUAAGUACUCCAUGGCCGUUUCAUACUUGGGGUAUUGACAUCCUAGGUCCGUUCCCGAUAGCAACCCGGCAGCGGAAGUUUUUGAUAGUAGCCAUUGAAUACUUCACGAAGUGGAUCGAGGCCGACCCAGUGGCGACCAUAUCAGCAAAUAUGGUAAAAGCUUUCUUAUGGAAGAGAAUCAUCUGCCGAUUCGGGGUCCCUAACCGGCUAAUUUCUGAUAAUGGAACACAAUUCACUGCCUCAAGCGUCCGAGAUGCCUGCAAAGCUUGGGGAAUCCGUCAAGUAUUCACCUCGGUCGAACAUCCGCAGACCAAUGGUCAGACUGAAGCUGCAAACCGAGUCAUCUUAAGGGCGUUGCGUCGUCGCGUUACCACUGCGAAAUCGGUCUGGCCGGAAGAACUGCCCGGGAUUCUACUAGCAUACCAUACCACUCCGCAGUCUACAACGCGUGAAACACCUUUCAGUUUGGUCUAUGGCACAGACGCAGUCCUCCCAUUGGAAAUCGGACAGCCAUCUUUCCGCGUAAGAACUUUCUCAAUCGCCCUUACCGAGGACGGCACGAGAGCAAAUCUGGACUUACUCGACGAGGUCCGGGACGCGGCCAGGAUCACCAGUGAGGCGAUGAAGAGGCGAGUCGAAGCCAGAUACAAAUCUAAGGUCGUCCCACGCUCCUUUGUGAGAUCCGAUCUCGUCUUAAGGAGAGCGCAUCCUUUACAGAUUGAAGACAAGCUCUCCCCGAAGUGGACAGGGCCAUUUCGCAUCAAGCAGGUACUCCCAAAGGGCGCGUACGUUUUGGAGACGUUGGAUGGGCUGGAAAUCCCCCGAACAUGGAACGCGGCGAGCCUUCGUUUCUAUUUUAGCUGA